UGUACCAGAAAAUUUCAUCUUUCUAGAAGUCUUCUAAGUACAAAAAGUACAACUAUCACCCGAUCGUCGUGAUUGGCUACCACCUCUAUGCAUAUAGAACCAACAAGAAGAAUGUUGUCGUAGUUGAUAUCCUAGUCAACAUAGCCUCUCGAAGGCCUCUACAAGAUGAAAGGCCAAGAACUCCUGCUCCUGCCGAGGAAAGCCUUGAUGUUCCACAUAGCAGUCGUCCUGUGUGGAGGAGGAUCUCCUGCUCUUGUAUUAAGGCUCAACAUUCAACGGUCAUUGGGGUUGGUCACUGAGAUCGAAGAGGCGACCCCUUAUGAGAACAGGGGGAAAUGAAGGGAAAACAACGGGAGAGGCGUGGGGCCCUUUUCUUUCAGAAUCAGGAACCGCUGACUGCUGACCUUUAAUUGUAGCAGCCUGGCCAACAUGGGAGCAGCUUUUUGCAGCACCGGAAGCAAUGGUGAGAGAAGAAAAAGAAGCUGUACAACCUAGACGAGAAAAAAGCAGGAGACCAAGCAGGAGACCGAGAGAGUUGGAUUACGAAGAAGAUCAAGAUGUUGAAGGAGAUCCAAGUUCUUCAAGAGAAGAGCGCGUUACAGGAGGAGUCAAAGUAGUCAAGCAGCAGGAGCAACAAGAACUACAAGCAAUAAACCGCGUCUCCCCACCCGAAGGGACACUAGUUUCAAACCUGGAAGUGACAAGAGUAGGCGAGGAUCGAACGUUGUCAACAAGUGUGGACCCUCAGAACGUCUUGAGUAAAGCAGAAGUAGUCCAUCUUUUCUCACCCUGGAGGAGUGAACGGGCCGCUCAGUGUGCAGCAACUUCUGUCUUGUUGCAGAAACAGUCAACGCUGGUGUAUGCGCCUAUUUCGUUAUUAAGGCUUCGUUCUUCGAAAGUUGUCCAUUUUUUUUAACUAGAAGUAGAGUGGUAUUGCUUUUGCGGCCAUUGAAGUCAUCGCUUCCUACAUUCCCCCGUAUUGCUAUUCAUUGAAGUCAUCGCUUCCUACAUUUUCAUGCAAGCACACUGGUUGUUUCUUACUUUCUAUCAUCUUCUAAUCAUCUUCGCCAGUCGUGCUACACGACCUACCAGCGAAAUAAACAGCCAGCAAACACCUGCACUCCCGUUCUCGCUCCAUUGCCUAGACGGACGAACGGCACGAAAGCUGUUUCGGUCCUCCUCUAGUACACCUAGUAGAAGUAGUACAAGAAUUAUGGACCACCACGACGAGCAGAAGACACGACCUCUACAGAAACAGAAGUCUCUACAACCAACUUCAUCUCCAAGGAAUUCUGCCCUCGUCCUCUACUCUUCCCUUGGUGGGGACGUAGGAGAAUUCAUCCUAGGAAUGCAAGCUUACUUGUCGUUGUUUCAGAAUUCUGGACAGGACUUCUUCGAAUCUGAGGAAACGAAGAAGAUUCUACUCCUACAGAAGAAGCAGAAAGAAUUAUGGCUGUACCUAAUUUAAAAUAGAUACUGAUACAUUUUUGGACGCUGCAUUGAUCCUUGAUGAUGAAAGCAUCCUUGAUUGAUGAAUGGUUCCGGUAUUUGGUAGCCUGAAUUUGAUCACAAGGAUUCUCUUCUUGUUUUCCUUAUGAUCAAAAUCAGGCUACCAAAUACCAGAGCUAUUCGCUGACGAAACGGAUGGAGGAGGAGUUGUAUAAUCCUAGUAAGGGAAAGGAAUAGAUACAUACUGCUGCUCUCCGAUACUUUUUGAUAAAUGAACAGGCCAACGCCUAAACCACUAAGCCAACUGUUGGCCUGUUCACUUAUCACUUUUCAAGGAUACACGUUACUUGAAAGAUCAUGAAUGGCGGACAGCUGCUCUAAUGGAAGAACAGGCGGCUUUGGCGGACGAUACCCUGUUUCACUGGGAGAGGACCUCGACCGGGUGGUGGCGAGCGCCGAAUAAUAGGACAAAGGUGGCUUUUGCGGAGAUGAAGGACUUAUGGGGUUGAGAAUUCAGCAAGACUAGGAUUAACUUUGAAUGAAACAUCAGGGCUCUUCAGUAGCCACUGAAGUCUGCUGGUUUAUCUAGUGGACCCACACCUAACCUAACCUAGUAAUUAUGAUACGAUUUCCAUUCUCCCCUGAAAAGUUAAUAUUGCUUCUCCCCUGCUUUCCACUCCUUUUCAAUAUGUGCCUCCGCGGCUGAACCCGAAAGCACUGACAAAGACGCCGUGUUUGAUCGUAGACCCGAGAAGGUAGCUGAAUUGCGUAAACAAGUGGCGUUUUUCUUUCAGAAGUACGUGGCAUUUCGCAGCAGGUUUAUGGAUGAAGUAUUAUGUAAGUACAAGACAAUACAACUAAUCUCGCACAAAGUUCAGUGCAGACUGCCUUAAGGAAUAUUAUCUCUUCUCUCACCCUCUACAUCUACUCUCUCCAUUAAACGACCUUCUGGCACGACUUCAUCUCUCAAGCCUAAUAACCGUUCUUAUCUCAUCUUUUGUCGCUUGCAAAAUCUACUGCUCUUCAAGAAGAGCCUCUAAUAGUUCCCAACCAGAACCACUGGACGUGGAAGCUGGAGACAAUCCCUCAGCUGACUACGCCACCUCAACCUCAGGCAAGUCGUUUCUACAACGCAGCCGAACGUCGAGAGAGCGCGCUCAUGGGAGAAGCGCAAGUCGAACAGGCAGUCUGCUCUUGCAGGAAGUUGGAUCGCAGAAGAACGAGGGCCGCUGGAUAGCGGUACUACUUCUAGAUGUGAGAAAGAUGAAUUUGUUGAGUGGAGGCGUAGCAAGUCAUAUAUUCGAAAUCGCAGAUUUUGCUCUCCUGGUCUGAGAGUUGUUGUGCUACUUUUCCCCGCCACUCUGCUUUCUUCAUCACAGGUCUCCACCCAAGAUGGACCAAAGCAAUCGCAAUCAAAUCUCGAUUAUCCAACAACCUCCUCUGAUGCGGCAACGGGCCAGUUAGGAUUUUGCAGUGAUGAUCGCGCAGUUGGGCAUCUGGAGGACCAGUUGGAGAUCGAGAAUCUUGAUCUGUCCAAUCCACCAAAAGAGAUGCGGGAAAAGAUUAUGCAAUUGCUGUUGGAUCAUCCUCAGAAUCAAGGUAUUUUUUGGACAUUUAGUACGGCAUAAUCAUUCUCAAUGUUUAGCUGGGGAUAUGAUAUUUUUUACAUCAUAAUUAUCAUUCUCAAUGUGGUGGAUGACUACUUAUGUUGACAUUCUCAUUCUCUACCUACGUAGGCAGGUGGAUUUUCUUAUUUUGUUUUGCCUCAUCGUCAUCGUACAAGAACACGUCUGCCUCUUCAGGUGAUGCCUUCAUCCGAAUGCUGAUGAAAACGCCUCAACGUUUCGGCGUCUCCAAGAACCUAGUUCGGGAAGUGCUCAGGCAAUUCUACCUACAGCUAUGGAAGGAGCAAGACAGAAGGAUGCUGACAGUUGAUAUUUUGUCUGGUACUGAAGCACCCGCUGGUACAGUGCUUGUUGAGAGAAGAAGAAAGAAAGCUGCUUCGUCCUCGAAGAAAGAAGUAGAGAACAAGGGAGAAGAAGAACAACAUACAAAUGGCGAUGGUCAAGAUGAGGUUGUCAUUGUCCCAACUCUCGUGUCAGUAGGAGGCAUUUUUCCAGGUGACGAAGGGCUGCAAGAAGUUCCUACCGACGAUUCAAGAUCAGGUGAAGACUCUACUUCCUCAUCUACUAGUGACCAACGAGAAGAUUCUGCAUCAGAAGCAAACACAAGAACAAGAAUGCAGAGGUCUACGUCAUCAUCUGGAGAUCAAAACUCACGAGUUGCUGGACCGACAAUAGUAGAACGAGGUAGAAGAAGAUCAGAUACAGAUAGAGAUAGUAUGCAGCAACAAAGGAGUCCUUCAGGGAUGGAAUCGGUUGCUGCCGAAGCCAGAACCACUUUUCAACCGCAAAUGUUCAUACCCCAGCAACAAGCGCAGUUUCAACAAGUACCUCCACCUGGCUUUGUAGCAGCUCCUAAUGGAGUAGGAGGUUUUUUUGCUACCCCCGCACAGACCAUAAAUCCAGCAAGUGGAGGUUUCUUCAUGCAAGCAACCAAUAUGCAGCCUAGUGCUGCUCAACCCAUGACGAACGGGGCUGGUAUUAAUCCUUUCAUGAUGCAGCAACCGAUGUUUUUUGUAGGUGGACAGCAAUCGACGCCAGGAGUGUCAUAUGGAAUGCCAGGUGGCGGAGGACAGAUGAUGUUUUAUCCGACACCGGCAAUGGGCACAACAGCAGGAGUGUUUUACAACACUCUCCCUCAAGUGAGUCCGACAGUGACAACACCUGCAUUACAACAACAAGCUGGAGCUGCAGCACAACCCAUCUUCUAUUACAAUGCAGCCGCCUCUCCGUCUCCUAUAGUACCCAUGAUGAGCAGCUUUCAGCAGGGACAGGGCAAUCCCAAUGUGAAUAAUGCGCCACCUCCAGCAGUCUCAUUUCUUCAAACCUCUCUUACGACAACUAGUGCUGCUUCAUCUUCUAGCCAUUCAAGAGAACAACUUGAUCAUGGAGACAACGACAAGCAAAUCUUGAUUCUCUACCAAGAUGUGAUUCAGCGAAGGAGAGAGGAGAUGGCGGCAUUCUUUGACUCGCAGGUCCCUGAUAGAAUAGACCGAUCCCGGUUUGUAUCGUUUGCGAAUGAGUAUGGGCAAAAAGCGUUGGAUAUCGUGUUGGGAAGAGGCUUGUUGCGAGAUAAACCGGUGUAUAAACUGGUAUAUACUUGAGCAAGGCUAAGGGUACUAGUAGUUGUAGGUGUGUUGAUGAACAGCAUAGGUCAGAGUGGAGUAUGUUGAUGAUCAGCAUAGGUCUACUUUUCUAGAUAUUCCCGUUUUCAACUUUUCCUAUUUCUAUCCAGCACGACUUUCAUGCACCACAGGUAGUGGAGACCAAUGUAGUUAAGAUUACUCCGUCUCCGUAUGAUUCGACUUCAGUACAUUUUUUUCUUAUCUUCCCAGCGACACCGAGCGCAUCGAUCCAGAUGGUAAUUUUUAUUCAUAGAACAAGCAAGGCUGCACGACGAGAUUCUUCUUAUGUUUCAUAUUAAUUUGUGCAUGUGUGACAAGAUAGAGACCAAUCACCCAUUAAAGACAUGCCUUUGAACAGAAAAUAGCUUUUUGUUUGAUUUCGUGUACAGAGAUAGAAUAGCAAAGAGUUGGAAGCGUGACCUGCUG